AUAUAGUGUAAUUUAAUUACUACCUAUUCUUAAGUAAAAAGUUUUGCUCAUUAGUGGAAUUGCGUGUUACCUAUCGUGUGACGCAUCAUAGGAGUGUCCUUGUGGGUUUCAUCGCCAUUUUGGGUUUGCUAGUCUAGUAACCGGCUAGCUUUUGAGACUAAAUCGACCACUCGCACACACAAAUGUCCGUGGACAAGGAAGAGGUGGUGCAGCGGGCCAAGCUGGCCGAGCAGGCGGAGCGCUAUGACGAUAUGGCGGCCGCGAUGAAGUCCGUCACCGAAACAGGGGUGGAGCUGUCCAACGAGGAACGGAACCUGCUGUCCGUGGCGUACAAGAACGUGGUGGGCGCCCGCCGAUCAUCGUGGCGUGUCAUAUCCUCCAUAGAGCAGAAGACGGAGGGCUCGGAGCGGAAACAACAGAUGGCCAGAGAGUACAGAGAAAAGGUCGAAAAGGAACUCAGAGACAUCUGUUAUGACGUUUUGGGUCUGUUGGACAGGUACCUAAUUCCAAAGGCAAGCAAUGCCGAAAGUAAAGUAUUUUACCUGAAAAUGAAGGGAGACUACUACAGGUACUUGGCAGAGGUCGCCACAGGGGACACAAGGAACGCUGUAGUAGAAGAUUCACAGAAAGCCUACCAGGAUGCGUUCGAAAUCAGCAAAGCCAAGAUGCAGCCAACACACCCAAUCAGGCUGGGGCUUGCACUCAAUUUUUCAGUGUUCUACUAUGAAAUCCUCAAUUCACCUGACAAAGCUUGUCAGUUAGCAAAACAGGCGUUUGACGAUGCAAUCGCUGAGCUGGACACGUUAAACGAGGACAGCUACAAGGACUCAACCCUGAUAAUGCAGCUGUUGAGAGACAACCUGACGUUAUGGACGUCCGACACGCAAGGCGAUGGGGACGAACCCCAGGAGGGCGGAGACAACUGAUUUCCUUACCCCGUCCUCCCCUUCCCCGUCCCAGUCUCCCAAAUCCUCUUUUCUCCCUCAAUUGUAAAAACAUUGUACUCACUUGCAUACGCCGUUCUACACACCUGAAUGUUAGCAAAUAUCCAAAGCUAUGCCAAUCAUUUUUGUUUUAUUUAUUAUUAUUAUUCCAAACGUAUUGUUUUAAAAACAAAUUUCGUACUCCUCGUUUGUUGUCAAACAUUGUUGUUGUUUCUGUAAAAUGUUAUUUUGACAGACGUUUUCUUGUUGGGCUUUACAUUACAAAUCUAGAAGUGCACAGCUUGUUUGUUCUACUAAUGUAUAAUGCAAUAAAAUUUACAAUAAAAUAAUUUGAAAGUGUUGAGUGUUGUUGUACGAAAGUAGAGGAGUGGAGAGAAAGCGAGGCAGAGGUGGCAAAGCGUGGCAUAGCUUUGAUCAUACUUGCUUACAGAAACAUGGAGCUCUCCCCGCAGCUUGGCGUUACCAUACAUGAACCAAUCACUUUGCGCGCAGCACACGUCACACUUCCGUGUCAUACACUUCUAUCUCUUAAGUGGAUGUGUUGUGAAAGAACUUUUGAUCAGGGUGUUCUGUUAAUUGGCUCUUUGUCAUUUCUGUGAAUUUGUACUGUGUCCGUUUUCUAGACCGUAAAAUAACGGUUAGUGUCACACAGUAUGUCUUGAUAUCGAAGUUGUUUCAAUGUUAUAUUGAAGAAAUUACAGAUGUGAACUCUUUACACUCAAAAAAUGCAGUUUUGUUCAUCAAGAAUUAUACUAUGGGAGAUUAGAUAAAUACUUUUAUUAUUAUACAAUAAACUAUGUUAUUUGUAUGGAAUUUUUGUAAUUUGUUACAUCACUCUUUUGCUAAAUUGACUUGUCGCUUUUUACCCCUCAGUCGAGAUCUGGACUGUCCUGUUGUAUACGAAGUGUUGAUCCCAACUCAAGUGUUGUCUAAACGUGACGCAAAAUGUGAAUGGUUUUUGCUGUUGUGCUCUACAUAUUCCGGAACUUUCCAAGACAAACACCUUCCUUAGAUCGAAUCAAAUUUUCGCCUGCCUACCACAUAGAGAUGCUCAAAAUUUUGCUUUCAAAUAUCGAAGGAAGGGUCCGCUCUUAGAAAGUUCUCUCUACUCGUGUAAUCAGUCAUUUCCUUCAUAUUAAACCUAUUUUUAUUUAUAAGUACCGACAUUUCUUUUAUUCUGUCCUCAAAUUUACGUAUGGCGUUAACAUAAAAACAUCAACUCGAAUAAAUAUAUAUAACUAUUUUCUCAUGCGUUUAUAUCGUCAUUUCGAUGUAAUGAACACUAAUAUAAUAUAAGUUUCAUAAAUGCCAAAUACUCUUCAUGCAUAGGUUGGUUGGCUUUUGUAAGUUUUACAGAAAAAGUAAAUUAAAAUUGUAAUCUUAUCUAUUUAUCAAGUAAAGGAAAUCGUGCUUUCCAUUAAUGUGUGAACGUUUUAUUUAUGCAGAUGUACUAUUUCCUAACAACUUGGCCCUCGGUUAGUGUAGUGUGCGCUAGUUCCCAAGUUGUUACGAACAAGCAGCUGGAGCAAAGACCAAGUGUAAGCUCAUGCCUUAGAGAUUCAGUUUUAGUUGAUUUACAAUUAAAGCUUACUGAAAGCACA